UGCGCGCUGUAUCCGGCUGCCCGUCCAGAUGCAGCUCUGCAGAGACGGAGCGGAGGUGCAUGAUGGAUCCCGUCCCACUGCUGCUCAUCAUUGCCGCAUCUCUGCCUCUGCGCCCGGCGGUCUACACCGGACCCCUGCAGGCGGAGAUCUCCAACGGCACUUUUCACCACUUCUUCGUGCCGGACGGAGACUAUGAAGAGACGGUGGACCCGGAGAAGUGCCAGAUGCUGUUCAAGUUCUCCGACGGGUCCCCGUGCCUGGCCCUGGAGGAGAGCGACGCCGCCGUGCGGGACGACUUCGUCCUGGCCAAGCUGCAGGCGGAGGACGCGGCGCGGCUGCUGGAGAGCCUCGGCAGGACCGUGGCGCACGACCUGGACGGGGAGGACAGUUACGGGAAGUUCCUCCAGAGGGAGAUCUCCCAGAUCGGCGAGGCCUUCUCGAACGUGGACAAGUCCCUGCUGGAGCUGGAGGUGAAGUUCAAGCAGAGCCAGGAGACGGAGCUGAGAGAGGAGCAGCAGCUGAACGGAUACGCGGUGAAGCAAGUGAGCGACAUCGGCGGCGCGCUGAGGGGAACCACGGACAUCUCCCUGGGACUGAAGGACAAGCACGAGCUGCUGUCCCUCAUCAUCCGCAGCCACGGCACCAGGCUGAGCCGCCUCAAGACCCAGUACCUUCACGUGGGCUCUUAGUGGGCUUUAAGGGGGAGUUUAUUGAGUUUAUUAUGUGUGCGUAUGUGUGCGUGAGAGAGUGUGUGUGGAUGAAAGACAGAGGACCCUCCGGUUCGUCAAAACGACUGGAAAGUUCAUUGUGGUCUGUGAAUAUCCUUGUUGAGUAUUUGAAACACUCUGACCUUUGGUUGUUCAAAUUCCUUGGAGCUAUGUCACUUAAGGGAGCUCAAAGAAAAAUAUCCACACAUUCCUGCGAGUCAGGAAGGGAAAAGAAACGUGACCAUAAAUUAUGCCUGCGAGGAAAUCCUGCGUGCCACCUCUCUGAGGGGGACAGUGAAAACCAAGCCUAAUUGGAUUCUUUUUGUUUUCUUGUGGGGUUUUUUUUUUGUUUCAAAAAUCAGUAUAAAAGCUUCCAGUCUGUCUUUAAACUAUGCUGUUUACAGCUGAUCAAAUAAAACCUUCCACAAAACAUUCAUGCUCCAUUUUCUUUUCAAGCCAGAUGAAAUAUUAGUCAUUCAACUGAAUUUCAGUUUUCUGUUUCAAGCCUUCCCCAGACAGACUGUUUAACGUUAAACUGUGCUCCGUCAUAAAUCCCCUCCAUUCUUUAAACUUAAGAGGUUUCCAUGAAUCGCCACCACCUUGAAAAUGCUGACUGGUGUACCUGUCCCCCUGCCCUCAUGUCUGUUGUUCCAGACCCUGGUUAAUGGGCGUCUGAAGUCUGUCACUGCCUCCCGCCUCCAUCUGGAAGUCAUCUGCUCCACUGAGAAAUAUGUUUGUUCAGAGGCAGACGCUGUGGACGUUAGCCUAUCUGUCACAAUCUCCAAGGUCCAGGUUUCAUAUGAACAUGUUGAGACUCCAGGUCAUGUAUGCUAUUUCAGUGGAGGAAAUGUAGCUUUCUUUGGUUGCCAAUAAACUGUUAGUGUUUUGCUUUUCAGCUUUGCUGAAACACAACUACUCAUUUAAGACAAAUAGUUUGAAUUCCUGAAUUAAAUA